GGUAUCCCGCAGUUGGAAGGAUGAUAUCUUGAAUUACAUCUAAUUUUUGUGGUUCUCUUUCCCGCUCCUCCUAGGGGAUGUCCUUGGCUUUCUAGAUUAUGCAUCCUGCUUGAUCUAAUCAAGCUCUUUUGCUUCACGAUGGUAGAAUUCAAGGGCCGCAGCGAACAAAUCUUUGUCGUUACCAUCAUUUUUCUGGGAGUUUCCUUCAUCUCCGUCUGUCUACGAUGUUUUGUCCGGCUGAAGUUGGUAAAAGCCUUCGGGUGGGAUGAUAUUUUCAUGGUGUUCGCAAUGGCCUUGAAUAUAUUGUUCGCAUUAUGCGGUAUAACAGGGGCGGUUUAUGGUAUAGGUCGAAAGAUGGCAGACCUUGAGCCUCAACAUGUUGAAGCCGCGUUGUUUUGGUGGUGGCUCGGCCAGACAAGCUAUGUCUUCACAUGUGUUAUUGCCAAGAUUUCUAUCGCACUGGCACUUCUUCGCCUCACAGUCGCCAAACUCCAUACGAUACUCCUCUGGGUCGUCAUUGGCGUCUCGACUGUUGUGGGCCUUGUAUUUUGGUUCAUGUUGACAUUGCAAUGCCACCCGGUGCAGUAUUUCUGGCAGCGGCUGAGGCCGGGAGCUUCUGGAACUUGUAUGAAUACCGACCACCUCAUUGAGAUCGCCUACGUUUACAGUGUCUUCGCCACGAUCUGCGACUUUAUCCUGGGUCUGUUGCCCAUCGCCCUGGUGUGGAACCUGCAAAUGAACACGAAGACAAAGGCUGCUUUGGCUGGUAUUUUAAGCUUGGGUUGCAUUGCGAGUGCUGCCGUUAUAGUCCGUAUUCCUUACCUUCACCACUAUAAAGACAAGGAAUUCCUCUACGCAACAGCCGAUAUUUCAAUCUGGUCAAAUGUUGAAGCUGGCCUUGGUAUAACGGCAGGAAGUCUCGUCACGCUUCGCCCACUCUUCCGCUGGUUUCGGGGAACUAGCUAUGGUGCCACCCAUAGUUUAAAAAGAACGACCGGUAGCGUCCCCCUGUCGAGCAUGAACGGCAAUGGAACGCUGCAAUCCAAAAAUGAGCGUGCAGCGGCGACAAGGUACUGGAGACCAGAUAUCGAGCCCGAGGACUCGCAGGCGAUUGUCACCACAGUCCAGACUUCCCACAGUGGGAACAGCAGCCAGGAGGACCUGAAUCCUAAGCAGCAUCCUAUGAACGGUGUCAACGUGCACAAAUCAUUUUAUGUAUCGUCUGAUGAGAUGUAAAAUAUUAAUUAUAAAUCAUGAAACGAAUUUACUAGAGUUUAGUCCAAAAUAAAUGGAAAGCAAAUAAAGAAAGAAGAAGAAAUCAAAACUUCAACUUGGUUGAAAUUAUCUUGAAA